AUGCAGCGAUCCGGUUACGGCGCCGACGGAAUAUAUAGGUCCUUGAGACCUUCCUUUUCCCUUCCCAAAACCACCACCUCCCUCACCUCCUUCCUCUUCCAAAACACCACCGCCACCUCCUCCUCCGCUUCCAAAACCGCCCUCAUCGACGCCGACACCUCCGAAACACUCACCUUCCGCCAACUCAAAACCACCGUCGCCAAGCUCUCCCACGCCCUCCUCCGCCUGGGCCUCAAAAAACACGACGUCCUCCUCAUCCUCGCCCCAAACUCCAUCCACUUCCCUAUCUUGUUCCUCGCCGCCACCGCCAUCGGCGCCGUCGUGACCACCGCGAACCCUCUUUACACCGUGACGGAGCUCUCCAAACAAAUCAACAACUCCAACCCGAAGCUCGUGGUCACAGUUGCAGAAUUAUACGAGAAAGUCAGAUCCUUCAAGUUCGAAUUGCCCGCAGUGUUAAUCGGUUCCGAAACGACACCAGAAACAAUCAAUUAUAGUCGUUUAAUGGAAGAAGUGGCAGGUGAGAAUGAGUUACCAGUUAACGACGUGAAUGAAGACGAUACGGCAGCGCUUUUGUAUUCUUCGGGAACGACGGGAGUGAGCAAGGGCGUGAUUCUGACGCACGGGAAUUUCAUAGCGGCUGCGUUGAUGAUUGGAAUGGACGACGAUUACGUGGACGAACUUGAGGGAGUAAACGACAGCGUGUACCUCUGCGUUUUACCGAUGUUCCACGUAUUCGGGUUGGCAGUUAUCCUGUACGCGCAGCUUAGAAGAGGGAGCACGGUGGUGUCCAUGAGGAGAUUCGAGUUGGAGAAGUUUCUAGAAGGCAUUGAGAAGCACAAGGUGACGAACCUUUGGGUUGUGCCUCCGAUCCUGCUUGCGAUGGCCAAGCACAGCGUUGUGGAUAAGUAUGACGUGUCAUCGUUAAGAAGGAUUGGUUCCGGUGCUGCUCCUCUUGGCAAGGACUUGAUGCGAGAUUGUGCCAACCGUUUUCCUCAUGCUGCUCUCAUUCAGGGGUAUGGAAUGACAGAAACUUGUGGCAUUAUUUCUGUGGAGAAUCCAAGAGCAGGGGUUCGUCAUAGUGGUUCAACUGGAAUGCUAGUUUCUGGAGUGGAAGCUCAAAUCAUGAGUGUUGAUACGAACAAGCCCCUUCCCCCUAAACAAUUGGGUGAGAUUUGGGUACGGGGUCCAAAUAUGAUGAAAGGUUAUUUUAAGAAUCCAGAGGCUACAAGAUCAACUAUAGAUAGCAAAGGGUGGGUACAUACCGGAGAUCUUGGAUAUUUUGAUGAGGAGGGUCAACUUUAUGUUGUUGACCGUCUCAAAGAACUCAUCAAGUAUAAAGGUCUUCAGGUUGCACCAGCAGAACUUGAAGGACUUCUCGUUUCUCACCCUCAAAUAUUAGAUGCCGUUGUCAUCCCAUAUCCGGAUGAUGAAGCUGGUGAGGUUCCAAUUGCCUUUGUUGUUCGUUCACCCAACACUUCACUCACUGAACAAGAUGUUCAGAAGUUUAUUGCUAAUCAGGUUGCACCAUUCAAAAGAUUGCGAAGGGUGACAUUCAUUAACAGUGUUCCUAAGACAGCUUCAGGAAAAAUACUCAGAAGAGACCUCAUAGCAAAAGUACGAUCCAAAAUAUAGAAAGAUAUUCUAAACCAUUAAAUUAAAUUUCCAUUGCACAAGCAUAUAUUGAUUUACACAGAUUAAGUGUUGAUUUAUAACAUUAUAAGCACUCUGUACUAGUAGAAAUAAGAUAAACAAAAUUUCAACACUUAAAUUAAUUUUGUUUUUAAGGUCCCCAA